ACCAAGAGAAAAGGUCACGCGUAUUAGCUCAAAUAAAGCCUUGGAAUCAGAGAUUGCUGAAUUGCAAACUGAAAUCGACGAGAGAAGAAAGGAACGAGCACGCGCUAGCCCAAUAAAUGACAUCAUAGAGCAUUUGUUACGAAUAAAUGAUCACGCAUCUAUAAAGCUAAAAACUGAAGAAGAGUGUAAGACUUCCUUUUACUCAGUGAAAAUGAAGGCUCAGCGACAGAUGAUGAUAUUAGAAGUUUACCAAGAUACAAUUCUCCAAGGCUACCAACCGAUUAGUAUCCGCUACUGGUGGACGCCACUUAAGACACUAUAUGCUCUCGGAGAACGAUUAGCCUCCUUCGCAACAAACUCUUCCAUCUCUGGUCAAUCGGAAACAUCUUUAUCUUACCUGCCUUAUGGAAUGUACUCUAAUAACGUUCCGAUUCUCAAUAAUGACGAAGGCUUCGUCUUACCCUUACACAAAGAGAUAUGGAGACUAAUUAGACAGUGGGGUAAUACAGGAGCGGGAAAAAUUGAUGAUGGUAUGGAGAUAAAUGAGCUAGUUGCUGCGCUGCGAGGCUCUACGAACGAGAAUAUUGCAGGACUAUUAAUAAAGCCGGAUCAAUAUCAAGCUUCCCCGGACACCCACGCAAUGUCAGACAGUUUUGACGACGCAACCGACUUUUCAGAGUCUACUCCUCGCACACCCCCUUGUCCAUAUCAUCCCUUUCCCCUCUCAUACCCUUCAAAUUCUCAAAUUUGGACCCUCAAGACUCCUCCCGUUCGAGUGGGAAGACAAGUUGAUCGUCCAUUGGAGGCGAAUGCUGUGUCCAGCUGGUCGAUGGAUAAUCUUACGAAUAAUAACCCUGUCAGGACUAUCGAGCACCAAACAAAUUGGGAUCGAGCCUUACAGACUAGUAUUGCGGAUAUGUUGAGUGUGCACGAUGAGGUUGGUUUUGUGGGAUGA